AUGGGGCAAGAGGACAAGCCGGAUAAGAAAAGCAAAAAGGAGAAGGAGGGCAAGGAGGAGGAAAAGAAGAGCAAAAAGGAUAAAAAGGAUAAGGACGAAGAAAAAAAAAGCAGAAAGGAGAAAGAGGAGAAGGAGGAGGACAAGAAGGAGAAAAAGGAAAAGAAGGAGCGAUCCAGGUCUCGAUCGAGGGGCCGAAGACGUAAAGAUGAUGAGGAGGAGGACGAGGAAUACCAAAAGAGACGAGAAGAGGAAAGAAAAAAGAAAGAAGAGGCACUUCAGCGGAGAGAAGAGCAGCGACAAAAGGAGGAAGAGGAACAGGAACGGCAAAAGAUGGCAGAAGAUGCCAAGCGUAUGGACCGCACCGUGAUGGUGGUGGGCCUGAGCACACGGGCGGAUGAGCGGGAUGUCUUUGAGUUCUUCAGCGGCCGUGCUGGAACGGUGAAAGAUGUGCAGAUCAUCCGCGACGCCCGGACUGGAAAGUCUAAGGGCGUGUGCUUUGUCGAGUUCUCCACUGCCGAGGGGAUGGUGAAAUCUCUCAGCAUGACUGGGCAGACCAUCAAGGGUGCCCGAGUGCAAGUCCAACAGAGCCAGGUUGCUGAGGGGCGUGGCACCCAUGCCAGUCGGGGGAAGUUUUGA